AUGCCUGCGGGUCGCCGCUCUGGCCGUGCUGCCGCGAAGCGGGCGGCAGCUGCUCUAGAGAGUACCCCCAGAGGCUUCGCAGAUGUCGAGGACGAGCCGAUGCCCGACGCGGAUGUCACUGAAAUGUCGGAGCUUGCGAACCAAGACGACGAAAAGGACGAAGAUCAUGAAGAGCCUCCAGAAGAUCCGGAAGACGAUGACAACGAAGAAGCGAUUCCUGAAGAAGAAAACAAAGAAGAGCCAUCAGACAAGGAACCCACGCCGCCUCCUCCCCCCGUCUUCCGACGAAAGCGUCUAGGACGUCCUCCGAAAAACAAGCCUCCGGGCUGGGACAAUAUGAUUGAAAUUACCGAAGAGGAGGCCAACAUGCCGCGCCGUCGUGGCCGUGGAGGUUGGAGGGGCCGUGGCGGUCGCAAGGGCGGUGCGCCGCCUCCCAAAGCCGAGCAGGUGAUUGAUGCCGAGGGCACCAUUGCUGAAAUUGCCAACGACGAGUGCGUGCUAGCCGAAGACCCGGAGGGCGAGACCAAGGUCGACAAGCUGGGCAACCUCCAAGGGGAUCGCGAAUAUCGAUGCCGCACUUUUACGGUACUGGGCCGCGGCAACCGUCUGUACAUGCUGUCGACGGAGCCCGCCCGUUGCGUGGGUUUCCGUGACAGCUAUCUCUUCUUCACCAAGCAUCGCAAGCUGUACAAGAUUAUUGUGGACGACGAUGAGAAGCGCGACAUGAUUGAGCGGGAUAUCAUUCCCCACUCUUACAAGGGCCGAUCGAUAGGCAUCGUGACAGCGCGAUCCGUUUUCCGCGAGUUCGGCGCGCGCAUCAUUGUCGGCGGCAAGCGUGUGCUUGACGACUUUGAUGUUGCGGGAGCGAAAGCCAGCGGCGCCGUGGAGGGCGAGCUGGCCGAUCCCAACGACCGCAUCAUCCCCGGCGAGCCAUACAACAAGAACCAGUAUGUCGCCUGGCACGGAGCCAGUGCCGUCUACCACACCAAUGUGCCGUCGGUGCCGGACCCCACGGGCAAGCCGGAGUAUAGAAAGCGUCGUGUCAAUGUCAAUGACACUAAUUGGAUGCUGGAGCACGCACGUGAAGCGAGCACAUUCAACGCAGGUAUCAACGCCAUUAGAAAGCUCAACAACACAGGCGUCUACGACAUCCACACCAACAUGCUGCAGUACCCAGUGUACAUGCAGCCCACGCUCGCACGCAUCGAGCAAAUAUCGCCCGACGAGGAAGAAGCCACGGCCGCAGCCGCCAUCAGCCACCGCUUCCCCGUCGUCCCCUACAAGGUGGCGCGCAACUUCCUCGUCACCGACACGUACAUGGACAGCCCCGUGGGCCUGCAGCAGAUGGCCGCCGCCCGCGGCGACCGAUCGAGCGACCCGUCCGCCUUCCUGUCGGCCCACGACGGCCUAGGCGCCGUGCCCGAUGACAUCAAGGAUCUGCUGCCGCCCGAGUGCCGCGCCGCGUUUGACGGCGCCCUGGAGAAGGAGGCCGCGUGGAAGAAGCAGUGGGGCACCGAGAACGAGCAGAGCGCGCGCAGACUGCCAAUCAUCGACAAGGCGAUUGUCCCCUAUAGUAUGUCGUCUUGA